GUUAAUGAUUGACACUGGGUGGGCAGGGAAAUCUAAACACUUGUGUUUGAGUUCAUCUGAAGCUGAAUCUCUAUAGCCUAUUGUUUAUUCCAGAUUUCUGGAUAUCGAUCCCUGACAAACGAAUACAUCUAACCGAAGAAAAAAAUAUAUAAUGUCGCAUGCCAAGGACCUGAUGUACCCUGCCUUUGAGGCAGAAUGUCAGAGACACAAGAAGAAGAGACUUGUGCAAAGUCCCAACUCUUACUUCAUGGAUGUCAAAUGCCCAGGCUGCUACAGGAUCACCACGGUGUUCAGCCAUGCCCAGGGGGUGGUGCCGUGUGGUGGCUGCUCCUUCGUCCUGUGUCAGCCUAGAGGUGGGAAGUGUCGUCUCACUGAAGGCUGCUCUUUUAGAAGAAAGCCUCGCUGAUCUUUUUGUUAGAAGGAAGCUGAAGAUGAGUCUCUACCCAAUCUUCCAGUCUCUAUCCCCAGUGCAUGACCAGCAGGCAGGUGGGAGUCACAUGGCCAUGUUUAGUCAAAGACAACAGAGAAAAGAACAUCAGGUGUAAAGAAUGGGUUGCCUGGUAGAUAAUACCUAGGUUACUUAUGGCCCUUGGAUCCAUAAUUGUGCAAGGAUUCGCUUAAUGGGGCCAAGCUGUCUUUUGCACAAAGAUGCAAUAUGGCCUGUUGUCCUCACUCCAAUGUGAUUUUAAGCAAUUUUUCUAAAUGCUGUAUGUAUUGUUCUUACUGUGGACAGCAGCAUUUCUUGUGGAAGUAACCUUGAUGGCUGAGGUACUCCAGUUUAUCUAAUCUAUGUAUGCAUUCGCAACUUCUGUGAUUAAAGACUCAUUAACCUCC